ACUUGUAAAAAACAGGAUUCUUAUUCAGGAUAUGGCUCGAGGAGACGAACUUUAGGAUGAUAUUUUAAGCAAUCACAUCUCGUGCAUUACAUCCGAACAGCACAGUCUAGAAUUUUUGUCUGCAGGGAGCGUGCAAAAGGGAAAUGGGUGCAAAAUGGACUAAAGCCGCUGCUGAAACUUCCCCAUUUGCGCUUCUUGCCGAACAGGCUGCAGAAGAAAGUCUAUGUUUCACUCCAGGUUGUCUGUUCCUCCUUGAGGGCAGGAAAAGGGAAUGGCUGCAGCAAAAGCAGUGACCUUCGAGGAGGUGGCUGUGUAUUUCACCACGGAGGAGUGGGCUCUUCUGGACCCCGCUCAGAGAGCCCUCUAUAGGGACGUCAUGCAGGAGAAUUAUGAGAAUGUGACCUGGCUGGCAGGUGAUGGGACGGCCAGUGAGACCCAGGAGGAGAAUCCCCAGCAGGGAGGCCCUGAGUCAGCAGAACCACAUGGGAGGUUUGCAGGAAGGUCCCAGGGGAACAUUUGCCAGGGAGGAGCUAGCGCGAGUCAGGGCAGGUCGGAGGAGCAGUGGGAAAACCUGCUCGGGGAGAGAGAGGGUAAAUCCUCUCCUGAAGAGGGAUGUUUCAAGAAACUCAAAGAGCUCCUGGAUCUUAAGGGGAAGCACAACAGAGGGACGGGAAAAGCAAGCGCUGAACGUGGGCAGGGCUCACAAGAGAUGCUCCAUCUGAGAACCCACCUGGAAGAGGCAUCCCAUAGAUGUGGGGAAAGCCCCCAGCAAAACUCGGUGCCUCCACAAUAUCAGAGCGUAGCCCUCGCCAUCCAGCAGAGAAUCUUCUUGAGGCAGAAACCUUGUCAGUGCCCCGACUGCUGGAGAAGUUUUGUUCGGCGGUCAACCCUCAUGGCACAUCAGAGGUUCCACAUGGAAGAGAGGCCCUACAAAUGCCCUGACCUUCAGAGGAACCCUUUCCAGUGUCCAGAAUCCAGGAAAUGCUUUGCCGAGAACUCGGCCCAGACGAAGCACCAGCAAUUCCACCCCGGAGAGAGUCCCUACGCUUGCCAGGACUGCAGGAAAGGAUUCAGCCUCGCGAUGCACCGGAGGGUCCACACAGGCAAGCGCCCCUUUUUGUGUCCUGACUGUGGAAUGGGCUUCAGCCAGAGAGCCAAGCUCACCGUGCACCAAAGGGCCCAUGAGGGGGAGCGACCCAACUGCAGAAAAAGCUUCGGCCGGCGGGCAGCCCGGGAGGGCCCAUUGCGGGGGAAAAGCCCUGUCUGUACCAGCUCUGGGAAAAGAUUCGACGCCUCGGCCCUAAUCGAGCACCGGCAGGGCACACGGGAGAGAGGCCCGACAAAUGCCACGAGGGUGGGAAAAGCUUCAGCCGACGCUCCGACCUGACCCAGCGCUCUCCGGCCCCAGAAGAGAGGCCCAGCCCUGCGAAAACACCGGGUGGCGGAGAGACCUUACCACUGCCUCGACUGCAGCAGGACCUUCAGCAGACGCUCUAACCUGCUCGCCCACCAGCGUGGCCAUAUGGGCGAGCAGCCUACAGGUACUCAUGCUGCGGGAAAGGCUUUGGCCUACGUUUCAACCUUGCAAUGCAUGGGAGAGUCCAUGCCGGCAAACAAUGCAAUUCAUGCCCCCACUGAGGCAGCAGCUUCAACCAGAGAUCCGACCUUGUGGUGCACUGGAGACUCCACAUCAAUCAGUCUUCAGAAGAGCAGGCUGGAAAAGAGGGUUUUCUUUUGGGUUUUUUUUCCCCUCCAUGGAAAAUUUUAACUUUUCAGGGAAAUUUCUAAUGCUAAAACAUUUUGGCCAACAACAGAAAUAUUUGCAGCGGUGCCUCAUCGAAGUUGUGGUUCACGUAUGCUCCCAUUCUCCUCUCUAGGCCUGUCUCCCUGGUCACCUGCCUCUCCCAUGAUACACCAUGGUCUCCCCUCUUGAUUUCAAUGGGACGUAGGCACUUCUUUGCAUUAUAUUCUAGGCAUACACGCCGAGAUGUUCAAUAAAAGCAUAAAUCUUCUCAGUGGAAGGUUGCCAUGUAACACAACUACAUUUCGUAGAAUUCAGUAUGCUCACACACCACAAAC